CGACGUACAAUAUUAUUGUCAGUGGAAUACUGUCAAAAUAAAGACCUAAGUUAUAAAAUAUAAUGAUGUAUCACGAUGGCAAUACUAUUCUUGCACCAACAAAUUCAAUGUGGAACUAAUUAAGUGUUAGUAGUACACAUUGGUAUAUGAUCGAUCGAUCUCGUGUUAUCUAAAUCAUUCAAUUGAUAAAAAGAUGCUUAUUAGUAACACAAUUUCUUAUUAAUUUUGUUGUCGAGUAUGUAAAUGAAUCCUAUAUUCAAUCAAGGUUAUGACCAAAGUACGUACAUAUAUAGUUGGGAUGUAUUCUUUAUUUUUUUAGAUGAUGAUGAUAUGCAUGAUUUUAUAAUCACCACGCAUGUUCGAGAACACCAAGUAAUUAUAUAUGUAGUUAACUUAAUAUUGUUGAUGUCACAACUUAUCAACUCGAUUGAUGUUCAACUUUGACGUGACUUAAUUAACUGGGGUUUAUUCGGAUAUAUGGUACGGACUACAUGAUUUGCAUCUUUCGUCGAGAGACUAACCAGUUGAGAUGCUCUCCGGACCAUACCCAUCAAAUCAAGUUACUAGCUAUGAAGUUAGCAACUAAAAUAUGACUAGUAUAUAUACAUGAGAAGAUCAAUCAACUCAAUAUAUACAACUUGUAUACGUGAUCUAUCUAUGUUACAUUAGCUUCACCAGUGAAAGAACUAGCUAGGUAAGUACAUUUUCUUAAUUCUAAAUAUUGUUCAAGCUGACAUCAAACUCUAGGUAGUAAACAAUAUUAGCAAUUUACAUGCUCGAUCACCAUGUUCAAACUCUAGGCAGUAAAACAUUUUUACAAGUGUUAUAAUUAAUUAAGUUACCGUUUCCAACAAAUUAAGAUGCAAUAACUUGUGUCAUGGUGCGUAAUGGUGUGUGGAAAGACAACUGUACAAGUUUCUUUUUAUCUUUCCCUUCCCAAGGAAAUGAUGAUAGAUAGAGUUUAGAGUAUGACAGUACGUAGUACAAUAUCAUUUAAUUUGUCUGUCUUCAUAAUCUCUAGCUAGCUAUCAGUGCCAAUGAAGUUCCUUCGUUUAGGGUAGGAAAGGUACCAUCCCCUUUGUCCCAAGUCUCAUGCUUAAUUUGGCCACAAAGGACUAGCAGCAAUGGUAAAAUGGUUUGGUUCGGUACUUAUAGCUGAAACAUUAACCACAAAGUUUGAAACGAUUUAGGUCAUUUGCACAUAUAGAUAUAGUCAUAAUUGAGCGGUUAAGAAAAAUGGUUAAGAUCAUGUUUCGGUUUGGAGUAACCGAAAAAUCUUGUUUAAUGGUUACUAACAAAUUGAUUUAUUCGUUCUCAAGUACUGGUUGGGUUUCAGUUUAAACAGUUUCUUAGUGAUUUUGGUUCUUUUAAUAGAAAUAAAAAAAAUGUUUGGGUUUAUACCAAUUUCGAACCAAUAAGAAAAAUUAGCAAUCAAUAAAAGGGGCUUAUCAAUAGAUUCAAUCUAACACCAUAUACUUGAAAAACUUUUUAAGUGAGUCAUUGUAUCUCAACCAACUUUAUUAUGACAUUGUUCAUGCACUAAGAGUAAUAGGCAAAUUGAUGAAUAACCUGGGUAAAUUUCAUGGAAACAGUUAGAUAUUACUAGAAGUCAAGAACGGGUGAACCAGUUUGAUUCAGUUAUAACGAAUUCGUUAAAGUUUGGUUUCCAUCUGGAGUGACUCAAACCAAUUAGUAAAUGGUUUGACUCAGGUACUCAAAAGAAAUUUGCUCUUAGUACUGAGCAGGUUCCAAUUGAAACAGUUUUUUAAAGGUUUCAUUGUUUCAAUGGAGACCUUGGCCUUGUCAUUCAUUUAACGUGCUAGUUAGUGUGGCGACUUGUUAAUUGUUAUUCAUGAUUCCAACUUCAACGCUUUCACUUUUCAACGACGAGAACACAAACCUCGUGCCAAAUAUUGUUAUCGGUAUAUCCCAAAUACUGGUACCAAAUUUCCAGCCCUAAUUAUAAGCAUAGUUAGUAAAUGCUCCGUUUAAUACACGUAUAUGUACCCUGAUUCAUAUGCAUUUUUAAUGUUUUUUGUUGGUUUUAAGUCGGAUCAUAUUUGGGUUAGACACAAAUAGGUUUGAUUGGAUUUAAAUGAUUGUAUACAAUAAAAUAAUGUCAAAUACUUCAUUAGUUACUUUUUUUUUUUGAUAACCCAGGGAACCUCCUAAACCACUGGGGGUACCUGCAUACUAACCGGGGCUUUCUGCUACCAACAUCGGGGAGGCUUCGCCUCUGAUACCAAGGGUGCCGCCGGGAAUGCUCAAGUGGCGCCACUGGGAAUCGAACUCAGGACCUCCCACAUCCAGAGCUCAAUUGGUCCAGUGGUUUCACCACUAGGCUAUGUUACCUUGGGCCUUCAUUAGUUACGUUCAGUUCAAAGGUGUUUACAGAUUUCUAUAUGUUAAUUUGUUUCAGAAGAAAAAAAAAUUAAAAAAAUUGCAUUCUAAUUGAAUACCUUUUUUCUUUUGGACUUCGAAAUUUACGGGUUCAAUUUAGAUCCAAACUUUAUUUGAUUCAUAAUAAAUUGAGUGUAGAAAAUAUCAAAAUGUUGGAUGUUUUUUCCCAUCUUAUAAAAGCCCACUAUUCAUAAAUAAAAAAGCCCACUGCCUUCGGAACUCAAUUCUCCACUCAACAAUCCGGCUUCUAGAAGUAAGUCUUGCGGCCCGAUAUAGCAAGUGAGCUGGAGGACCAAAGCAGCGAGCUGUGAUCGUUAACCAUUCCCCGUUAUAUGUUCCAUCUUCUAUCAAUCAAAACUUCAAAACAAUAACUAAAGAGUUCCAAGAAAAGAGCGAAAAUAAUUAUUAGUCAAAUUAUAUUUUUCUUUUUUUCAUGCCUCUUGUACUCCACAUAUCUACUAUGAUUUUUCACUGCGCUUAGUAUCCCGUAUGUUAGACUAAGACCAAUUACAAAAGAAUGAUUGUAAAAUAUCGUCUUCAUAUUCCAACACUAGAAAUUGAAUUUUAACGUAUAUAUGUUAAUGAUUUAGAAAUUAGAAUUACUACCAUAACAAUAGCUAUUUCUAAAACUCUGUUCCUUGAUUGAGGACCAAGGUGCCUAAAGCUCAAUAUGGCAAGCGCCACCAAGCCUACGUAUUUAUUUGUCUUACCACAUAAAUAAAUCUACUUCAUUAAUUAACUAGCUUUGUCCCCGGCCUAUUGGCCGGGAUCAUUUAUGCUGACCAUAAUAUAUCUCUUUAAUUUAUUUCAAUUUUAUUAAAAAAACUUAACGUUGUUAUGAUUGAUUUUUCUAGAGAAAAGUUGUCGUUAUGACUCCAAUGUAUACAUUGACUCAGUGCCUAUGUUUGACCUGAAUUUUAGAAGUGUUUUUCGUCUGCAAAAGCUGAAGCAGGGCCAAACAUAUCUAAUAGUUCGGCUUUUGAAAAGUCAAAAAGCGUUUUUGUAUAACAUAAAAGCAGAAGCUCCGAUUAGGAGCUUCUGCGAAAAGCUGUUUUAAAAAUAUAAGAUUAUUCUUACCAUAUUUUAAUUUUAUUUCAGAAAAUAUGAUUUUAUUUCAUUUAUAUAAUUUUAAAAAUAAAAUAAAGUAUAAAAUCAUAUUAUUUAAUAUAAAAGAAGUCUAAUAAGAUCCAUUUUUACUACAUUUUAUUGUUAGAAUUAUUAUUCAUAGUUUAUAUUAUAAGUCAUUUAUAGUCAUUUUACACAAUCUCUCAUAUUAAAAAGCACUUUUAAUAAAUUUUCAACCAAACACUCAACUGUUUUUUUUUAAGUAAUUCUCUAAAAGCUCAAGCGAGAAAUUGCUGCUGCAAAAUCUACAACAGGACCUAACUGAGCCAGUUAAACUAAUUUCUCAAUCAAGUUCUCAUUGCUCAAUCAAUAAUUUUAAAUCUUUAUCUAACCAAAACAGGUUUUUGAAAUAAAACAUUCAAACUUUUAAUCAUUAUUAAAACUCUUGGUUGAAUUCUCAAUUCAUAAGUCAAUAUAGUAAAUAUUGAAAUUUUAAUGAUUCAAUUAUCAAAUCUUAACUCAUGCCGUGUAGCUUGAUGUCUUUAUAAUUCUAGGAGAGUUUAUUUUCAUGACUAAAAUUUACAAAUUCCUACAACAUCGCAAUUAUGAGUCUUUGCCAAUUUAUUUUCGUGACUAAAAUUUACAAACUCUUAUAACAUUGCAAAAUUUUACAUGGUUAUGAAACUUGGGAUGUAUUGUAGACUACAUAUAUUCCUUUUUAAUUAACACUAAUUAAAAGUUAGUCUUGUCGACAUCACUAAAGUAUAAUUUUAAACUCAUGGCAGAAUACCAACCACAUAACAUUGACAAAAACACUUAAAAUCCAUUCUUAAAAUGACCCAUAAUUUUCUGAACAAAGCACCAUAUAAUGUGAAGAAUCAGAAAAGUUAGGAAACAGAUAAAACUUGUGUAGAAGAAGAAAAAAAACCGAGAAAAAUUGUACCGCAAGUGGAGAUUUGGGCGAGGGAAAAAAUAUUUAAAAAAAAGAAGCAUUACCGAAAAUCAUUGAGAGGCUAGAAAAGUUGACAUGGAGAAGGGGUUUUGCAUAAACUCUUUCAUGGGUAGUCGAUUGGUGUGGCCGUGUGGGUGUUGUUUCGUGAUUCUGCUGCAAAAUGGCAGCGAAUUUUGCAUUAUGGACCUAUAGUAGAUGGUAGCCGUGAUCGGAUUAAGUUUUGCACGCUGCACACAAAGCGGUGUCUGGGGAGAAACAAAGGUUUUUAAAAAUUGCACCAUUGUUAGGAGAGUAGGGGUUAUUUGCAGUUAUUUGGAGUUUGAAAUUGCCGAAAAGAAGUGGUGGUUUGCAUUUGAUUUAUUUGAAUGGAGAUGCAGAUGUUCUUGAGAUAAGGUUUGUCUUUUGGUGGUGAAAGUCUGAAAGACCGUGUCGAUUGGUAGGGUUUUCUGUUUGAUUUGUUCUGAUUGUAAUAGAAGUGGAUGGGCUCUAAUAUGAGUUGGCCCGUAGUAUGGAUGAGAAAGCCUUUUAACAUUUUCUUAUAAUUUUGAGCCCAAUAAAAGUCUCGUGUAGAAGAGAAGGAAUUUUGAUCGGGACAGGAAGGAAAGAUAAUGUGAUGACGUGGAAGUCUAAAUGGAUGUAAAAUUUGAAUCACUGAACUACUUUUCGAGAAAACGCUUAUAAUUUUUUGUAGAUAAUACGAUAAUCAUCGAUUUUCCCUAGCUAAUAAAAACUCACAUUAAUUAACCCAGAUGUUUCUUUCCAUGUAUGUAAAGGUGCUAAUUAAGAAGCAUAUAGUCGUUCUUUUUAAAUAGAAGUUACAAGCUAGGAAGAGUAAAUGCAGCAUCGUACUAAUAACUUACACCCUAAUCCUGUAGCUAGAUGGAUGUAUAAAAUGGGAGCGGAUGCAGAAGCAAUAUAAUGAUAUAUAAUAGCUCCUCACCAAAUAAUUAGUCUCUGCCCAUCAAAGAAUUAAAGACAAUAAAGAUAGUCACCAAAACAUAUAUACAAUAAUACGGGAUCUAGCUAGCAGAAGAUAUGCAGGAAAAGACUAAUAUUACAGUCAUUGUGUUACUGAUGAUUGUUGCAAUAGUAGUCGUUUCUAAUGAUGCUGGCCAAUACCUGUUUGCUGCAGCAGACCAGCGAGACGAUUGUUAUAGCCAUUGUAUGAAAGCCUUGCCUUAUCUAACUUUCUACCCGAGUGUAACCAUACCACAACUUUACAAGAUCUGCGAUCGCAAGUGUGGCCAUCUUCCUUAACACUUUGACAGCAGGAGGAAUUUCUUGACGGCAUACUCAAAUCUAUAAAUGUCGUCAGUGAAAUAUAAUAUAUAUAUUAUAUAUAUUUGCACAAGAAGGGUAAAUUCCUUUAAAAUAUAGCCAUCGGAAAAGGGUGGGAGCUAUAUAAGCUAAAAUUUUAUGUAAAAGGCAAAAGGCUAUUGUAAUGCAAUUCAAUACAAAAAUAUGAAACUAUAUAUGUAUAAAAUGUAUGAGAAAUAACUAAAAACUAUAUAUGUACAAGCCAGAGUUUAUCCAAUGCAGUACUCUUUUAGGAGACCUGAACGAGCUGUAACUUGUCUCGGCAAGCUGCAGUAUCCCCACAAUGGCCAUCGGCCUCUUCCCGCAGCAGUACCACUACCUUCCUAGAGCGAGCAUCUUCUGUGAACUACAACUCCCUCGUCUCGUAAGCCCUCGUAGCACUUUCUACAGUGGAAGUUGCUAGCAUCUAAACACCAAAAGCCUCUCUUAUAUUUACUGCUUUAAGAAUCAGUUCAUCAACUGUCUUUCAGUUAUCAGGUGAAGUAGUUAGGAGAUGAGUGUUCACGUAUGCCGGUCAUUGCUUACCAUGAAUCGAUCAACUCAAAGGAGAUUUGAAAUUGGUUUCAGGGUAUUCCCAGUUGAGGCCUGCGAGAUCCUGGGUGGAGAUGUGUGCUUGGCGGAAAUGUACCCAGAAGUGAAGCUGCAGAGAGGAAAUGAUGAUUAUGAAGGCAGGAAUGAUCAACGAGCCAGAGUUGCUUCAGACCUUGUACAGAGAGAGUACCUGGAAUACAAUGAUGCCAAAACGGUGUUCACUGCAGAGGCUUGUGAUGAUCUUGGUGGAGAAUUCUGCAGCAGCGAGUAUCAAAGAGAAGUGUAUUAAUGUCAACUCUUUAGGCUUUGUAUUGUAUGGACAUUUAUGCUUAACUAAUGUAAUAUAUGGAAUAAGCCUUUUAGUCCUAAAUAAACAUACCAGUUGACG